CUGAAGCGCUACUUUUUCAGGUGCAGUCUAGUCUUCCAACGUUAUUAUGAGCUCAUACAACACCAACAGAAAAAGUGCUAUAAAGAUGAUUGUCAGGCGCAGGCGAAUGAUAACAAGGUCGUUGAGGAAUCACUCACGGACGAGGAGAAGGCGCAGCUCAUCCAGCAGACAGCUCUCGCCAGCAUCAACGAUGCAAAGCCGGCCGAUCUAGCGAAACUCCUCGGUGCGAGUAAAUCGAGCACUGAAGCGCUUCUGAAACUGUGUGAAUCGGCGAACACCCCACCAUCGUCCACGUUUCACAAGCGAUGCCCGUUUUGUGGCCUGUUGUUCCGAAGCCGUCAGUCACUUCAAGAGCACAUUCCUGCACGGCAUCCACAACAACAUUCGGUGACCCCAGUCGAUAUCGAUCUCCUGCCAAAUGCAGAAGAUGUAAGCGUCACGACGUCGUCUACGGUUGGCCCUCGACAGAAUAUCUCGGUUCCUCUUCAGGUUCCUGUACUCAUUCCUCCCACCAACACCACCGAGACCAAAGACCUUGCCGGUGCGCUUGAUCUGAGCAAUGCGUCUCAAGAACGUGACACGCUAUCAAUGUCGCCGUUCCUUGGCCAAUCGGAUGAUGAUCCAACGGAGUUCAUUGAGGAAACUUCUGCCUCUUAUGCUGGUGGCUCGUCACAGUCUCGAUCACCAACCAGUAACAAGCGCUACCGUACUCAUCUCACACCCACUCAAGUUCAUGUGAGUUUGGACUCGCAAAGUGAUGAAGAGCGUUUUGGUGACUACAAGACUCCGUCGAUGACGGAAUGCGAAGCACUGGGUCGAGAGAUCGGUCUGCACAAGCGAGUGGUCCAAGUGUGGUUCCAGAAUGCUCGAGCCAAGGAACGGAAGACGCGAACAGCUAGCGGUGAAGAAGAGGCGACUCGUUCGACAUCUACAUCUGUCCUCUUUGUGUCUCGAUCAAAGCAAAUUCUACGCAACUCGUGUGGGCGGAGCCACUUGAACAAGUGCGAGAAAUAA